CUCCUUCCCCGGUGGUCUUCUUCUUCCUCUUCUCUUUCUCUUCUCUUCUCCAUCAUCCUUCUAUACUGCAUCUUCGUUGCCUGUAUACUAUCCUCGUAUACUACUGCCUCAUAUAUAUCAUCCUCUUCAUUACCGUUAUCUCCUCCAGCAAUAUAGCUACUCUCAAUCAAUAUGCGUUCCAACUUCUACUUGACCAUCGGCGCCCUUGCCACUCUUGCGGCCGCUGACAACCCGAACGCUUUCAACAUCCCCAAGGGCGGUUACCAGUUCGAGGUCGGCGAGCCCACUACUCUCAAGUGGAACCCUACCACCGAUGGCACGGUCUCGUUGAAGCUCCAGUCGGGUGAGGUGUCGACCCCGGAGUCCGGCAGCACCAUUGCUUCGCACAUCGACAACUCCGGAAGCUACACCUGGACUCCGUCCGAUGACAUCGAGAACUCGGGCUAUACCAUUGAAAUCAUCGACGACUCUGACUCUGCUGAAUCCAACUACCUGCCUAGCUUCAGCGUGUCUGGCGCUACCGCUUCCGCCUCCGCGAGCUCCUCCAGCAGCGCUUCUUCCACGGCCUCCUCCAGCGCCUCGACCUCGUCGGAGAGCUCUACCACUGCCUCCGCUUCGACCAUGACCACCAUGACCAACACCACUAGCUCGCCUUCGACUACUGCUUCCACCACCACCGGUGCCUCUUCCACCACAUCGAACACCUCUUCUACCUCCGCUGAAUCCUCUUCCAGCACCCCCUCUGCCUCGAGCUCCGCGGCUGCUUCCAGCUCCAGCGCUGCCGCCGCUACGGCCUCUGACACCAGCGCCGGUAUGAUCAACCGGGUUUCUGGCAGUAUGAUGGCCAUCGUUUUGGGUGCCAUUGCGCUCAUUUAAGCCAUAUGCUUGUUGGUAAGCUUCGAUGCCGUGUUGGGUAUAUAAAAUGGAGGUUAUUCUUCUAUGAUUCUUUUCUUGGUACAUAACUUUUUUCUUUCUUGAUGAUCGUUCCAUUCGUUCACUCGUUUAUACUUCUUUUCUGGGAUUGGACGAUGUUUGCUUCUUUAGUCUUCAUGGCUACUGAGAAAAAGCGAUACCGUUGCAUUUUUGUUGAUUCUGUUUUUAUUAAUAGUCUGGGAUGGAACAGAUUAUUUCAGUGAUACCUUUUUGUACGUUAGCUAGUUAUGCGAAUGAGGAUUAAUGGGAUGCUAGUACUGGCAUAGACUGCAUAGAUACAACAUUUCCGGAG